AUGAAUGACUUAAAUAAGGAAAAGAGGCUUCUCCUUUUGAUUUCUCGCAUUAACAUGCUUAUAAAUUUAUUACAGACCAGAUUAGCAUAUCCGUUAAUAUACCCAUUUAAUACAACAGCUUUAAAUAAUGAAAAAUCCUUAGAAAUGUAUUUGGACAAAUUGAGAAAGGAGGGGAAAUUUAAUGAACAAGCAUUUAUGAAAUCAUUAGGUUUUAUAACUCCAUCUAUAAUUUCUCUAACGAAAUUAGUACACAUUUUAAAAGCAGGAUAUUCCCUUUGUAAUUACGCAGGUAUAACUAAUAAACAAACAUAUAUAGACAGAAAAAAUAGAAAAAACAUUUUAAAUGAACACGAGAAGAAAUUACAUUUACUAAGACCUCACGUAUGGCGGCUACUAAAACCGAACGAUGAGUUAAACACGAAGCACUUGAAAUGGAGAAAGUGA